AUGGCUGGAUGCGCAACUUGUAAUAGCCGGCCGAGGACAAGCUGGAAAAUGUUGCUCGUCGGAUGUUACUGGGUUUGUCUUUGUCAUAUCAUUGUUGGCGAAAGUACGUUACAUGAUGUCAUAUCGGCGGCUGCCAGUGUCGACGACACAACAGGUGGAAAUAAUAAUAAUAAUAACGCUACCAAUGACAAGAAGCAAAUGACAGGUGAUGAUAGCAUGCCUUUCCACUGGCCACCCCCGCUCCUCAAUCAACAGCAUCGAUCCUUUUCUUCUUUCUCUGGUCAAGGGGUUCAAAUUCACACGAGCAAACGGAAACCCGAUGACCCCGACGUUGGCGUUUUGGUUCGCAUUUUACGUUCUGCAACAAAAGCCGAAAAACCUGCUGCUGCAAAGAACGCGGGCGCAGCUCGUCUGAUGUCCUCCCCAUCAACAGGUCGCCGCCGCCGCAUCGUGAAGAAGACUAAUCAGCGCCACCGACGGAAUAUAAUCAGUGCAGAUGACGAUGAUGUUGUUGUUAAUAAUAACAACAACAAACCCAGCCUAAGGGGUGGGGAUUCCGAGAAGUCCUUUUCCCCUGAGCGUGGACGUCUUGUUCAGAAACAUCGAUUCCUACUUUUACGGAAACCCCGAUCAUCGGCUGCAAUCACAAAGAAUUUGGUCAAGGCACCUUUGAGUGGAACUGCACAGGAUGCAAACAGACAUGAUUUGGAUCAAUUGUCUACUAUACCAUUACAAUACAUCAUUGUUGUGGUGAGUGUUCCUGCUUGUAUUGUUUUCUUAUUUGUUACUUUAUUUUCAUAUAGUUUCUUUAAUUAA